AUGAGCUUCCCCCUCGCAGCCCGGCAACGCACGCUUUGGCGUAGCAUCCCCGCGCCUGCUCGACAGAUUCGAGCGGCCUCCCAGGGUUCAAUCGCUGAAGCCGUGCGCCCUCUGGUCUACGACUUGCAUGAACCAUCUCGGCCUAAGACAGACAACCAGCGAGCCCCCAUCAUCUUCCUCCAUGGUCUGUUUGGUUCCAAGAAGAAUAACAGGGGCAUCAGCAAGGCUCUCGCUCGCGAUCUGGGCCGAUAUGUGUACGCUCUAGACCUCAGGAAUCAUGGCGAGUCACCUCAAAACCCCCGGCACGACUAUCCAGCCAUGGCCGAGGACGUGUCAGCAUUCAUCAAAGAUCAUGGCCUCACUGACACGACAAUCAUUGGACACUCCAUGGGAGCAAAGACCGCCAUGACGCUUGCCCUGCGUUCGCCCGACGCUGUUGCCAACAUAGUUGCUGUCGACAAUGCUCCUGUCGAUGCUGCUCUUAGGAAUGAUUUCGCGCAUUACAUCCGGGGUAUGGAGAAGAUCCAAUCGGCAGGCAUCACACGGCAAGCUGAGGCGGACCAGAUAUUGCAGAAAUACGAGGAGUCGCUGCCAAUCCGCCAGUUCCUGCUGGGGAACCUUUAUCGCCCGCCGGGGGGGCAAUUUCAGCAGUUCCGCAUCCCACUCGACAUUCUCGCACGUUCACUGGGCCACCUAGGUGAUUUCCCCUACAAGGAUCCGGGCGAGCGUCGAUUCCAGAAGCCCGCCCUGUUUGUUCGCGGCACGAAGAGCACGUAUGUGCCGGAUGACGUGCUGCCCGCGAUUGGGCAGUUCUUCCCUCUAUUCCGGGUAGCAGAUAUCGAUGCUGGCCACUGGCUGAUUUCGGAACAACCUGAGGCUUUUCGACAAGCCGUGGUUGACUUUUUGCGCGACGUUGAAUAG